AUGGAUUGUACCACAAAUAUAUCUCAAUAUGUUCACAAGAUGGAAGAACCAGAACCACUAAGAAAAUAUUUAAAUAGCGCUGAGGACUAUCUUGUUUUUCUAUAUGGACCAAAACGCAGCCACCUGUCCCUGCCUAUGACUUGGGUUUAUGCUCUGAUCUUCAUAGUUGGUGUUUCUGGCAACCUUUUAGUAUGCCUGGUGAUUCUCAAGCACAGGAACAUGAAAACACCCACUAAUUACUAUCUCUUCAGCCUGGCUAUUUCAGACCUGCUAGUAUUACUCUUUGGGAUGCCCUUGGAAGUUUAUGAAAUGUGGAGCAACUACCCUUUCUUGUUUGGACUAGUAGGCUGCUACUUUAAAACAUCUUUUUUUGAGACUGUGUGCUUUGCUUCCAUUCUGACUGUCACCAUGGUUAGCAUAGAGAGAUAUGUGGCAGUUCUUCACCCCUUCCAAGCCAGGCUGAAAAGUACACAGCAGCGUGCUCUGAGGAUCAUCCCUGUCCUAUGGCUUCUGUCUGUCCUCUUCUCUCUUCCCAACACCAGCAUCCAUGGCAUUGUGCUACAAUAUUUUCCAAAUCACACAGAAGUUCCUGGUUCUGCAACCUGUGCUGUGGUCACAUCUAUGUGGAUCUACAACUGGAUCAUCCAGCUAACCUCUUUCCUGUUUUAUGUGCUCCCAAUGAGUGUCAUCAGUGUACUCCACUGCCUGAUGGUGAUGAGAUUGAGAGGAGACAGAUCCUUGGAAGCAGAAGAAAUGGGGGUGAAUGUUAAACGACCAUCCAGAAAGUCUAUCACAAAGAUGCUAUUUGUCCUAGUAAUCGUUUUUGGGAUAUGUUGGGCUCCGUUCCACACAGAUCGUCUUUUCUACAGCUUUGUUUCAACUUGGACAGAACCUCUUGCAAAUGUAUUCAACCUAAUUCAUGUGGUUUCAGGUGUUUUCUUUUAUUUGAGUUCUGCUGUGAAUCCCAUAGUCUAUAAUUUACUCUCCUGGCAUUUUAGGAUGGCUUUCCUGAGUGUCAUCUCUCCCAAGUGCAAAUGCUGGCACCCUAGAUAUCCCACAAGCCACCUCGCAUCCCGGCAAAGUAUGUUCAUGUUGGGGGAACAUAAUCACAGGAUAUGCUGA